UCUAAAAGCUCCAAAUGAUCAGCAGCUCGACAGAUGGUGAAGGCCUGGCGCGAGCGGCUGUGGUGGAGCAGAGCUACCAGGACGGUCAGCAACCACGGCCUCAAACGAAACCACUCCAGUUUCUACUGUAGUCUGCAAGAGAGGCCAAGAAGGAGCAGGAGAGCGGUGGCCAUGGCGAUGGAGGCGGAGGGGGUCGGGAGGAGCGGGCUUCCUUCUCUGCUCGGCUCCUCGUCCACCGAAGGUGGAAUCGGUCAGGAACACAUUGCCUCUGACGUCACACAGCUCAUAGGAUGGACGCCGCUGGUCGAGCUGAAGCGAAUCGCCAACAAGGACGGAGUAGGCGCCCGGAUCGUCGGCAAGAUCGAGGCCUAUCAGCCCCUUUGCUCCGUAAAAGAUCGCAGCGCUUUGAGAAUGAUCGAGGAUGCAGAAGAGAAAGGGCUGAUUACUCCUGGUGUCACAACCCUAGUCGAGCCAACUAGUGGUAAUCUGGGGUUAGGAUUGUUGCUCAUUGCUCUUCGCAAAGGCUAUAGGUUUGUUGCAGUUAUGCCAGGCCAGUAUUCACUUGAUAAACAGAUCUUGCUGAGAUACAUGGGCGCUGAGUUGUUUCUGUCAGAUCCAGCACUUGGGUUUCAAGGCAUAGUUGACAAGGUCGAACAGCUCAAGAAAGAAUUGCCCAAUGUACAUGUUCUUGAUCAAUUCUCAAAUCCAGCAAAUCAGGAGGCACACAUGAGAUGGACUGGACCUGAGAUUUGGAAGGAUACUGCUGGCAAGGUGGACAUAUUUGUUACCGGUUCGGGUUCAGGAGGCACAGUUUCUGGCGUUGGAAAGUAUCUCAAGAUGCAAAAUCCAGCAGUGAAGAUCAUUUGUGUGGAGCCUACGGAGAGCGCAGUCAUUUCAGGUGGGGAGCCAGGUAAGCAUAAAAUUCAGGGAAUGGGACCAGGAUUGAUACCUGAUAUGUUGGACAUCUCAGUCAUCGACGAAGUCGUGACGGUAAACACUGAGGAAGCUAUGGUGAAUGCAAGGAGGCUGGCACUGGAAGAGGGCCUGCUUGUGGGCAUUUCUUCUGGAGCAAACCUGGCAGCUUGCUUGAAGGUCGCAUCGAAAGAGGAAAACAAGGGGAAGAUGAUUGUCACCAUGUUUCCAAGUGGGGGUGAGAGGUACAUGAACUCUGAUCUCUUUGCAGAUGUAAGAGAGGAAUGCAUUGCCAUGACCUUUUGACCUCCCUGACAACCGAUUGUUCAGAACAGUUCUGUGUAAACGAUAGGAAUUACUGGUCCCAGAAUGUAUACAUGGCAGUAUGGCACGAUCUUGCAAGGUGAUUUGUCGGCAAGGAGCCAAGUAUUAUGUAUGACAGUAUGAGCGAGCCAGCUUGGAGCAGCUUGUUCCAUCUCCAAUUGUAUCAGUCACUGAACAAAUGAAAUAAUUUGCUCCCACUUAUUCAAAAAAAUAAUUUGCUC